AUGUUGCGGGGGGCAUCCCUGCAUUACCACACAGGCUAUCGUCUGUGUGGUAAUGACUGGACAGUGGAUGCCCUCCGUGAAGCAGAGGUGAUGGUGCUGAUAUGGCACUGGCCCUUUGAGAAACCCUUUGACUUGAACUCCUGUGAAUCAAGAUUCAAUAUCUCAGGGUGUCAUUUCACUGUCAACAGGGAGCUGUUCAGCAAGGCAGAUGCCCUUCUCAUCCACCACAGGGAGAUUCACUGGAACUUGUCUAAUUUGCCCCAAGGCCCACGGCCAGUGUUUCAGAAAUGGAUAUGGAUGAAUUUUGAAUCCCCCUCAAACUCACAAAGAAUACCUCUUUUGAAUGAUCAGUUCAAUCUGACGAUGAAUUACAGACAAGAUGCAGAUAUCAGCCAGCCCUACGGUGCUAUCAUCAAGACAUCCAAGGAGGUGGAGCCUUUUGUCCCUCGCAAGAACAAACUGGUCUGCUGGAUUAUCAGCAACUGGAGGCUAGAGCAGAAGAGAGUGCGGUACUUCAAGAAUUUGCACAGGUACAUCCACAUUCACAUCUAUGGGGCCGCAUUUUACUCCCGUGUGAGUGAACGGGACUACAGAAUGCUUUUGGCCAGUUGCAAAUUCUACUUGGCCUUUGAGAACUCCAUCCAUCUGGACUAUAUUACCGAGAAGGUCUACAGGCCUCUGAGGUUAGGCUCUGUCCCCGUGGUGCUUGGCCCUCCCAGAGAAAACUACGAGAAGUUCAUCCCCGGUGAUGCCUUCAUCCACGUGGAUGACUUCUCCUCGCCUCAGGCUCUGGCCAAACACCUCUGCCGCUUGGACAAGAAUGAGGCCAUGUACAGAAAGUACUUCAACUGGAAGUGGAACCACCGAGUCAGCCUCAACUCAUUCCCCAUACAGAACGUGUGCUACAGCUGCAAUUAUAUCAAACAACACCAUAGCAGGAAGCAGACUUUUACAAAUCUCUAUAAGUGGUACUGGGGAAGCAAAUCUGUUAAGCUAUGGGAGGAUACCAGUAUGUAA